AGGGAGCACGGAACCACAACUUCAUCUGCUUUCCGACCAAACGGAGCUAAAGGGAUCCCAAGAUGUUUAAGGUUGUCCUCGCUGCCUGCCUCGUGGCUUAUGCCGCUGCCCAGCUUGCUGAGCAAUAUCCACCCCACCCAUACAGCUUCAGUUUCGAGAGCACCGACGAUACCGGUGCCCGCAUUUCCCAGUCCGAGUCCGGUGACGAGAGCAACUCCAAGACCGGUUCCUACGGCUACCAGACCCCAGACGGUGUCUACCGUACCGUGAACUACGUCGCCGACGCCACCGGCUUCCACGCUUCCAUUGACACCAACGAGCCAGGCACCAAAUCUGAGGCCCCAGCCGAUGUCCAGAUCAACGCCAACCCUAUUGAGGUCAAGGAAGCCUACGCUUUCAAGGCUAAGAGUGCCUAAGGCACAUCGAAUGACUGUAAAUUAACGCUUCAAGCACUGCCGCAUCUUCUUCCCACCUUCAAACUCAGACGUUCUUGUCGACAUCUUUCUCAGCGUGUAAGCUUGCCCGCCACUACUACUACUACUCAUAUUCCUUGUCCCAUCUUUGCGACUUCUCUCUUCUGUCCACUUCAUAUUCUGUAAAAAACAAAUCUACGCAAUAAAGUUUCUCAGACAAGGAAAA